CAAGCUGGGCCGCCCCGGGCGAGGGGCGGGAACCCGGAGGAGGUUGCAUGCGCUGCCGCGACGGCGGGCAAGUUGGCUGGCGGCUCCCGAGCUGCUCGCCUGGCCGCCGCACCCGGGAGCCAUGGUCCUGGUGCGCCGCGUGGCGCUGCCGCUGCUGCUGCUGCUGGCGGCCGUGGGCUGCCCGCGGGUCGCCUGGUCGCUGGUGUGGUACACGGCGUGGGUGAGCACGGUGUACACGGAGCCCGGCACCAACCGCACGGUGCGCAGCAGCUCUGAGAGCGGCCGCUACGCGGACGGCUCGCCCAAGGAGGGCGCGCAGGGCCUGGUGGGCAUCCCGCGGGGCGCCGCCGCCCGCCACAUGGAAGGCUGCGAGCCCGACGGCGAGUAUGACAUCCCCGAGCCGCCCGCCCUGUCGGGGCAGAGCGCGCCGUCGCCUCCGGCCUGGAUUGCCUUGGUGGCCUAUGGGGGCUGCAGCCUGAAGGACAAAAUCACCAACGCGGCGAGGAAGAGGGCGGCUGCGGUCGUGGUCUACAACGAGCUCCGAUUCGGCAACUCCACCCUGACGAUGUCGCACCUCGGUACUGGCAAUGCAAUUGUAAUUAUGGUUGGGUAUCCAAAAGGAAUGGAAAUCUUGAAGCCAGUGCAAAGAGGGAUUCCUGUGAAAAUGACUAUUGGUUUUGGUAAACAACACAUACAAGAAUAUAUCAAAGGACAAUCUGUUGUGUUUGUAGCAGUUGCAUUUAUCACCAUGAUGAUUAUAUCUUUAGCGUGGCUUAUAUUUUUUUAUAUACAGCGUUUUCUCUAUACUGGAUCACAGUUUAGAAACCAGGGCCGCAGAGAAGAAACCUUGAAAGCAAUUAGUCUGCUGCCACUGCAUGUUGUAAAGUAUGAAGAUAAGGGUUUGGAUGUCGAUGCUGAGAAUUGUGCUAUAUGCAUUGAAAACUAUAAACCUAAAGAAACGGUUCGAAUUCUGCCUUGCAAACAUGUGUUCCAUAGGCAUUGCAUUGAUCCCUGGCUAUUAGAACACAGAACAUGUCCAAUGUGUAAACUAGAUGUCAUCAAAGCUCUAGGAUAUUGGGAAGAACCUAAAGAUGUACUUGAAGUUACAGUGGCUGAAUCAGUAAGUGGCACCAACUCAGCAGGGAGUUGGAGCAUGGCUGCGCAAGAAGAGAGAAGAAAUGAAACAAGUGACUUAUCAGCAUCUUCUACCAGUGAAUCCACAUUGAAUAGUAACAGUUUAAAAGAGGAUGUAGGUGAAACAACAGCCUUGCUUGAAAUGGAUGGCAGAGAUAGUCGAAGUGAAGAAUACCUGUCUUGUGGAAGUACUUAAUAAAAGCUUGACAUACUUGAAAUAAGAGCUCAAGAUCCAGAUUAUUUAAAUGGUAUGGAUUUGUACGUGGACUAAAAAGUGUAUUACUUUUCUAAUUCAUGUUUCAAAAGGACUAGUAACUAAGAAUUUUGUAAUAUUGUUAUCCUAUAUAAAAUACGGUAACCUUUUGAUUAUUUUGGAGAAAUGAGAGCUGUACCAAUUUAUAUGGAAAAAAAAAUAAGGACAGUAUCCACAGGGACAGAAAGCAGCCUUUUGUUGAGCUUGUUGCUUUUUCAACAGGAUUUUCCUUCACAAGAAACAAUUUCUAGUCCCUUGGUUUAUAGAGACAGAAACCCACAUUUUAAAAGGAAAAUCUCUGCAGAAAAAGGAACAAGUUUGAAAGCUUUUUGCUAGAGAGCUGUUGCAAAGGACAAUCUGGAAAAGUACCAAUAACAGGGUAACAAAUAAAUGAGAGGUAUAUUCUUGUACAUGCAGCAUGUAUUUAACAGCAAUUUUUAUUCUUUUAAAAUUAUGCAAUGUUGCUUACCAGUAAAAUCUAAGAGCAUACAGUUCUGCAAGCUUUUGCCACAGACUGACUGAAAAAGAGGCUCUUAAUUUUCUUAAAAGAAACCCUCAAUAACUAAAGUUGUGUUACAGAAUUGUGUUUUUUGGUUGAAAUUAGCAAGCAAAGUAUUACUAUCUUAAGGCAGUGUAAAGAAGCAAACUUGAAUUAUGAAAACAAUAGCAAUUAAAAAGCCCCUCUGAUAUCAGUCUGUUCUUCCUAUAUUUCAGAGGCUUCCUCAGAAUUAUUCUGCAUAAUUUAUUAUUAGGGUUUUAAUAAAGUUGUACAUUCAUUAUUGUUUUACAGAAGUGAUAGUUAAAUAUUCCUUGUUAGAAGUUUGCCUGAGCUAGUCUUUAUUCCUGUGUUAAAGUAGCAAGAUCGUGCCUUUAUAGUUGAAAAGCACUAACUCUGAAGUUAUAGUACUAAGUAAAAACCACUGCACUGUUUAAAAUGAGAUGAAUGGUAUAUUAAAUGUUGGAGUAACUUUUUGGAGGCUACUGUUACAAAUGAAUGUUUAGGGUUAUGUAUCCACAUUUGUAAAUAAAAUUGCUCACCUAAUUUAAGACUAAAUAUUUGAUAAGGUACUUCCUGGAAUGGCAGAGAAAAUAUGCAGUCUACUACUUCAAUUGAUUGAGCAUUUAACUUAAGUCCAUUUCAAGAUAUUUUUUGGUUUUUUAAGAAUAUGGAGUUUUUAAAUUCUGGAGAGUAGGGAAAAGAUGGCUAGGCACCUGCUUUUCACAAAAUUACUUUCCAGAAUAUUAUGAAGAUUUUGUCACCUCCUCUUAAGGAGGGCAGCCUGUCAUGGACUAACUGUCAAGUGUUGGCUUCUGCAAGACCUGCAUAUUAAUGGAAUGGACCAUGUUGUUAUUACUGUUUAUGUCUUCAAACAAUAUGGAUGGUAACUUUCAGAAAGGAGCUGUCUUUGAACUGUAUAACAUCAUUUCCUACAUCGUUUGCACGAAGUGGAGUGUUACUGAUCAGUAGUUUUAGAAUAUCACAACACUGGUUUAAUUUUGAGGAGCUGGCAGGAUGCUGUUGCAUUGAAGUUCUACAGAUCCUGUCUGAAAUUUGCAGUGUAAUACUUGCCUUUGAAGAAAGCAGUAUGGUGAGUACCAACCAUUUUAUUAUGUAAGAAUUGAAUUUUAGAUGUCCUAUAUUUAAUAUAACAUUAUUUCUUGUAUUUAUUAAGGAUGGGAAACACAUGUAAAUCUGAUAAAACAUGUGAACCAGAAUUUUUGUAUUGAUCUCAAAUGUAGAGUCUAUAUCUAGCCAGUAGGGCCUAUUAGCUUGAUGUACUUUUUAAACUAGAGUCCAUAUUCUGAUCAUCUGUUCUCAUAAAUGAUAGUUUUCCAUCUCUGAACCUGAGUUUUCUACUUGGUAUGUACAGGGAUAUGUAAAACCUGGUAUGUAGAAGGUUCCAAAAGUUCAGGAAUAACAAGUGUGGGAAGAAAAAGGUUCCAAGUGCAAAUGGAGUAUGAAAUAGUACCAUACUAUUUGGUUCCUCCCUUAUCACAGCUGUUAUAUGCCCAUCAAAUCUACUCUGCAAAUCUAGAGCAAGCCGUCUUGCUUUAUAUUUGUCCCUGCUCCCCAAAUCUAGGUGCUUUUGCAGGGAAAGGAAAACAUGCAGACAGAAUAAAAUAUGCAAAAUGCAUGCUUUUCUGUGAACUUUAUGUCUUUUAAUAAAAUACAUCCCUUGAUUUUAAGCCAUCAGAGCUGUUUUUUUGAGCUAUUGAUAGUCUGUGUAAACUUGUGUAUUGCUGAGGAGUGAUGACAAUGAAAGGCCGAAUUGCAGUGCCUGUUAACAGUUUUCUCUCUAAAGGCACGAUGACAAAACUCCUGAAGCGACUCUUUCUUCUGACCUCAGCUGUAUCCCAUAAAGUAAAAUACCAAAAACUAUGACUUCUGGAAUAGUUUUGUUUCUCUUGGGUUUGUUUCUCUUGAGUAUUACAUGAAUGUGUUCUGCAAGACCUGCAUAUUAAUGGAUUGGACCAUGUUGUGAUCACUGUUUAUGUUUUCAAACAGUAUGGAUGCUAACUUUCAGCCAGGAGUUGUCUUUGAACUGUAUAACAUCAUUUCCUACAUCAUUUGCACAAAGUGGAGUGUUAUUCUCCCAUUCCUAUUUGCAGUGGGAGUUUAGAAGUGUCCAGCCCCUGCAAAUUAGGAUCAAACCAUGGCUUGGGGGUUUUAGUUUGUGGUCAAACUAACAGAAGCAUCUAAUCCUUUGGGUACCACAAACCCAAAUUUCAUGUCUGUUGAGCCUGUCAUUAGCUUGCUAUAGAAAUGUGGUGUUGGUAGUUCAAAUGGCCCAUAACUCUAAUACAUUAUCAGGCAUAAAUUUACCAUCCCAUUAUUGUGGCCUGGCCAUUAGUUAUAGAAAAGACUAUUUCCAAGAUUAAUUUAUUUUGAUUAAGUUGUUUUUGGUUAGGAGCAGGCAGCAAGUGGAUCUCCUGGCCUCUGCUAAAACUUGGCAGCAAUAUAGUGUAGAGGCCUGAAAAGAAAUGGAUUUAGCUGGGGGUGGGGGGAACUUUCAGGGUGCCGGUUCAUAAAAAUAAAGGUCUAUCAUUUACACAAACAUCACAUGUAUCAAAGAGGGAAGGUUUUGGUGGUUUUUUUUAAAUCAAUUCCACUUUAACCCCUUCAACUUUAUUGAGAAGACUGUUUCAUUCAAGGGAAAAAACAAUCCUUCUGUUGAUGGGUCCUGGGAACACCUUUUACAUUGCCUUUUAGUAUUGCCUUCUUUGACUUUUCCACAUUUUGUUGCAUUAGAGUCUGGAAUUAAAAUGGAUUUAAUAGGCAUUGUUACCAUUUAAUGUACGUAAGGUGCUCAACAUUGUAAAGGUGCGGCACACCUUUACAAUUCUUUUUCUGUGGCACAGAAACUGGCACUGAUUUCAUAACUUUUACUCCCUUUACUGUAACAUGGCUAAAUAAGCUUUGGUAGAACCUUCUCCUUCCAAAAGUCACAUGCUAUUGUUGAAUGUAGUUCACCUGUGUGCAAUUCCAGUUACACAUUAUCUAAUUAAAUACAUCUAUUUCUGGAAGGCCCCAGAGUAUUUUGAGAGUAUCUAAACAACCUGCAUCAUGAAGUUUGAGAUGCUAUCAGAACAUGAGAAUAAGGUGGUGCAGAAGCGCCAAUCAGGCAAAUUUACCUAUGUACAUCUACACACAAAUGCGUACAUACAGAUAUAUAAAUCCAAACAAUGGACAUCUCCCAGAGCACCAUUAAAUCCAGUAUUACGAAAAUGGAAUGAAUAUAGCUCAACUGCAGCUUUGGUGGCAAAGUUCAUCCAGCAAAACUCAGGAUCCAAGUAAAAAUGUCGUUUGUUGGAAAAGCAGCCAAGAGUGUAGAGUAUUUUGUAUACAUCAAGUAGUAAAAAGCUAAGUAAAUCCAUUUCAAUUCCAGGUUGUAACACAAUAAAACUUCGGAAAGUUUUGACUAUUUCUGCAAGGCAUGAGAUUGGAACAUGGCUUCCUGGAUCCUCAGAGUCAAAUAAGCUCUCUCUGGGUAGGCUACUGGCUUGAGUGAUUACUAAGAGUAAUGUUUUUUGUGUAAUGACUUUUGUGAUUGGUUUCCCUUCAUUUAGGCGUUCUUCCACAAAUGGUCUUGGGAUGCCUUCAUACAAGCUCAACUUAGGAGUUCUUUGUUCCAUACUUCUGGAUACUGAUCUAUAUCGUCCUUGAAUGAUGCUUGUCUCCCAUUGAAUAUAGCUGUGUUUUUCUAUAGGUCAAGAUAUAUUUUUGUGCAAGUCAAAGCCAGGCUAAAUGUAAGACCUGUGAAAAUGUACCUUUAAAGGGUUUUUUAAAGACUUAAAAUAUUAAGAAAUCUAAACGAGUUUAAAACAAAGCAGCAGCUACUGGAAGAUUCAGGUGUGAACCUAUUUUUUUGAAUGUCAUCUGAAGCCAACUGCCUGCAAAACUGGGAAGAGAAUAACUGUUUCUGGAUGCAGUCAUAGCUUUUUCCUGGUCAUCUACAUUCCAAUAAAAUGGAAUUACUAUAAA